AUGCCAAGGGGGAAACUACAGAUCAAGAAGAUAGAGAACGCAACAAACAGGCAAGUGACGUACUCGAAACGAAGACACGGGUUGUUCAAGAAGGCUCAUGAACUCAGUGUUCUGUGUGAUGCUAAGGUUUCGAUUAUUAUGGUUUCCUCCACUAAAAAGCUUCAUGAAUUCAUCACCCCUAACCUCUCGCAAAAACAGUUUUAUGAUCAGUACCAGAAGGCUAAACCUUGUGAUCUCUGGAGUAACCACUACCAGGCUAUGCAGGAACAGCUGAGGAAGCUGAGAGAGGUGAAUAGGAAUCUUAGGAAUGAGAUUAGCCACAGGAAGGGCGAAAGUUUGAAUGGUUUGUCGCAUGAGGAAUUAUACAUCCUGGAGCAGAAGAUGCAAGAAGCAGUUGACAUCACUCGUGCACAGAAGAUGAAAACAAUUACUAACCAGAUUGAGAAGUCCAAGAAGAAGGUCAGGAAUGGGGAACAAGUUCAAAGAACUCUCCUGCAAGAUCUCGAGCUAUUUAAAGAAGAGGAUCCUCAUUACGGUUUAGUUGACAAUGGAGGGGAUUAUGAGACUGUUUUCGGAUGUUCAAAUGCAUAUCCUGGGCUUCUAGCUUUAAGAUUGCAGUCUAAUCACUACAAUUUUCAUGGCGGAGCAGGAUCAGACCUCACCUUUGCUUAAAUAGCUACUAGAUUAACGAAGUUUGUGAAAUGGAAACACGUUAUAAAUAAUUGUAAUCUAGUGUAAGGUAACAGAAGGCAGGACCUCUGGUGUUGUUUUCGUGGAUUAUCCUGCAGACUAAAUGUUGGUCUGUCUAUCCUCACUGUUUGUUAAAUUUGAACCGCAGAUGACUUGCAUGUUGUUGUAAUCUUUAACUGAAGGUUGUUUGAUAGUGG